AUAUAUAUAUAUAUUCGCGUUGCGUAAUAUAAAAUCGCGCGUGAUAGAUUAUAAGAGACAGAUUGCAUAGAGAAUCCUUUUUUGUGCUUGUAUCAUAUGUGCGAUUAUAUACAUGUUUCUCUGCCAUUAUUACUUUUUCUUCGUUUCGCGAAUCCCUCGAGGAUAAGCGAAUUCUAGUAGUUAUAUCGGCCUAAUAUCUUUAUGUGAUCGCGCGCGUGAAGCGUCGCGACGUCGCUAAAUUAAGCGAUUUGUUUCGGCACGAAAUUUGGGGGCAACGAGAUCCACCGCCAGCUUCAUCGGAAGAAAUUGCCACGGUUCGUCCGGACUCUUCAACAGCGAGACGAAUAACCGUUCUCCCCAGAAUCGAAAGUUUCGUCGCGACAUGUUAAUUGCCUAACUCUCGUCGUCAUUUCUCUCCGGAAACGUCAAAGGAACCGACAAAAUCGCGACUAAUGCUGUUAAUAAUAUUAACAAACAUAUUAUAAUAUUUAUAUAAUGUAAACAUAAAAUGUAAUUAAACUCUUGACAUACAAAAACGAUUCUAUCGACAAGACGAUCGAUUUCUAAAAUAUAUAGCUGCCAAAGAACAGUGUAAAUUAUGUACUAUAAUGCAGGAGUGUAAGAGUGAGUAUGCAACGACGUCCUGGGAACGAGCCUUUUGAUAUAAAUACCUUUAACAAUAUUAUUUUGCUCGCCCAUUCAUAAAGCCUCGACAUUUACUCACUGCCACCUUGCAAACUAAUGAACAAGGAGAAAAAAUCGGUGUUGUUGUUAAUAAGAAUUUUUUCGUCAUAAUUAACGAUUUUCCCAUUUUCGCCCGAACUUUAACGAGAUGAUCUUAUUGUAAAAAAUGUAAUAAAAUCAUCAAUAAUCUUGAUUAAAUGCGAAAAAGGGUGGAAAGUGAAUUUCUUCGAGAUUUAAAUACACAAUAAAAAAAGAAAUUAAAUGUCUCGUGCAAGAAUUGUGAUCGUACAACGAAAACAAUAUUUUUCAUCGAGCUGCCCUUAAAUUGUUAACAAAAUCGAACGCGCUUAAAGGAUUAUUGCAGCGAACGAUAGCUGCAACGCAUACGUGUUGUGAACAAAAUCGGUGCGAAGUCAUUUAGUCCCGACGAGAGAUACCGCGGUGCGAAAUCCAAACUAAUCUACUUAUCUCUCGGGCUAUAACUCGUUUAUCUAUCGGAACCUUAUCACGCGGGAUCCAGCGAUAUCGACGUAAAUGAACGAGCUCCGUGAGAAAUUAAUUCGCAUCUCCGGGAUCGAUGAUGACGUCGAUCGCGGACACUUCACUCGACUUUGUCAGCGCGCACUCUUCCGAUUAACUCGUGGCUCGCCGAAUUACAUUAUCGGAGAACGAGAUUUUCCCUCGUUGUUUCGGGAAAUGGGUCUAUCUACGCGAGUGCUAUUGAUUUAACGUAUGAUCGAUUCGAAAUAAGAAGAGAAGAAGCGAGUGAAAGAGGCAGAUCAGCGCUCUUCUUCAGGAUAAACUAAGGAUGAUCAACGACACAGACAUGACGCAAAUAACAUCGGAAUCGUCGGUGGCAUCUGCUGUGCAAAAUUCGUCGGCACGCAACUACAGCUACCAGGAGGACGUUACCACGUCGAACGUGAUGGUGCAGACAGUAUUCUGCGCGUUCUACAUCAUCAUCUUCGUGCUGGGUAUUUUCGGCAACGUGCUGGUGGUCUUCGUCGUCGGUCGAAACCGCCAGAUGCACACGGUCACCAAUCUUUUCAUCACGAAUCUCGCCCUCAGCGAUGUACUGCUGUGCGUGCUAGCCGUGCCCUUCACUCCGCUCUACACCUUCCUGGGCGGUUGGGUCUUCGGUAAGACCCUUUGCCACCUGGUGCCCUUCGCCCAGGGCGUCAGCGUGUACAUCAGUACGUUUACAUUGACCAGCAUAGCAGUCGAUCGAUUCCUGGUGAUCAUCUAUCCGUUUCAUCCGCGCAUGAAGAUCGAGAUAUGCCUAACCAUCAUCGUGAGCAUUUGGAUGAUCGCGCUGAUAAUGACCUUGCCAUACGGGUUAUACAUGCAGCUGGAGGAACCUUACACCUACUGCGAGGAGCACUGGCCCAGCGAGCCAUUUCGCAAGGUCUUCAGCUUGCUCACGUCGAUAGCGCAAUUCGUCGUGCCGUUCUUCGUCAUCGCCUUCUGCUACGUGUGCGUGUCGAUUAAGCUGAAUGAUCGGGCGCGUGCCAAGCCCGGCAGCAAGACGAGCAAGCGCGAGGAGGCGGAUCGCGAGAGGAAGCGUCGCACCAACCGGAUGCUGAUCGCCAUGGUCACUAUAUUCGGCGUGUCCUGGCUGCCACUCAACAUCGUCAACGUCGUCGAUGAUUUCUAUUCGCACGCCAACAACUGGUCCUACUACAAGCUCUGCUUCUUCAUGUCGCACUGUCUCGCCAUGAGCAGCACCUGCUACAAUCCGUUCCUCUACGCCUGGCUGAAUGACAACUUUCGCAAGGAAUUUAAACAGGUCCUGCCGUGUUUCUCGAGAAACUCUAAUGGUGACACUCCGAGGAGCAGGGAGGGCUGCAAGGGAGACAAAUUAUGUAACGGUAAUAAUACCUUGCAAGAGACAUUGCUACCGAGCAACACGACGCGAACGCAGAAUCCCGAGGGAUGCGAGAUGAUUAUUCUGGAGCCGACAACGAACAUCUCGAAAGAACAAGAUCAGCCUUCGAGCUCCUCCAAGGACUUCGAUGAUGUGGCUCUGUGAAAACCUGUCAGAAAGUACCAGUCAUCAAGCUUGGAAGAUAUGGUCAUGUUGUUUCCAUCAUCUUAAUCAAACGGUUGUCGAUCAGAUAAAUCAAAAACAGAGAAGAUGUUUGCAAGAAUAAUGCGUUUAUCGUAAAUUCUGUAGAAUAUAAUUGCGCAUAUUUAUGUAAACUGUGAUGUAAUUAAGGAUAAUAUUAUGAGCAUUAGAUAAAAGCAUGCAUGUAUCAAGCUAUCGAGCGAUAGGCUCUAGAGUAAAGCGCAUAAAAAAUGCAAAUAUUAUAAAUGCGUUUUGAUCAAUGGCCUGUUCAUGAUGUAUUUACUGUCAAUCAUAAUAAAUGGCGCAUGUGUGACACACACACACACACACACACACACACACACACACACACACACACAAUUAAAGUCUUAAAUCGUCAUUUACUUACUAUUCCAAUUUUUGAUUUCUUAUA